GUUGUUUACAAACAAAGCUUGUUUGGAGACGGAUUUAGUCAGCUGUACCAUCACAAAAAGAAAGAAGAAAAGAUGAGCGUUUUUGAUAAAUACACAGGGAAAAACUUUUCUGAGAGUGCUGAUACGUAUAAUUCUAUUUUUGCACAUUUCGACUCAAACAGGGAUGGUUUUCUGGAUCUGGAAGAGUUUGGUGUUUUACUAGAGGAGCUGUUAAAUAACAACGAUGACUGUCAACAGUCAUUGUCAGAAGCUGAUGUCAGUUCUUUGUUUUCAAUUUUAGAUCUUAAUCAUGAUGACCAUCUAAGUGUUGAAGAGUUUCGGUGUGCCUGGCUAUACUGGAUUAAACAGAUUUUAAGUCCUGUGAAGGCUUUAUUAAUAAUUGAUGUACAGAAUGAUUUCAUCACAGGAUCCUUAUCCUUGCGUAACUGUCCAGCCAGUCAAGAUGCCACUGCUGUGAUACCAAAAAUUAACACCCUCCUAGAACAGAAUCUGUUUGAUGUUGUUGUCUACACCUACGACUGGCAUCCAGACAACCACAUAUCUUUUAUAGAGAAUGUUGGGAAGAGGGCUAUUCACCCCUCGUCUAAGAUAACAGCUGAAGAUGCCAAAAUCCAGGACAAGGUUGUGUUUGAGGUUGAUGGAACAGCCAGAGAGCAGAUACUGUGGCCAAAACAUUGUUUACAGAACAGUUGGGGCGCAGAGCUCCACCCUGACCUGAAGGUUGUUGAAAACGCCUACCACAUCUACAAGGGGGUUAACCCAGAUGUGGACAGCUACUCCGCCUUUUGGGACAAUCAAAAACUCUCCCAGACAGACUUAGUCAACAUACUCAAGCAGCACGGUGUUACUGAUGCUUAUGUUUGUGGGCUUGCAUAUGAUGUUUGUGUUGGUUUUACAGCCCGGCAUGCAAUCAAACAUGGCUUCAGGACUGUUGUGAUAGAAGAUGCUGCAAGAGGAGUCACCUUAGAUGGUAUUUGUAAAACAAAAACCAAGCUCUCUACCAAAGGCAUUUUUACAGCAGAAACAGACCAGGUACCAAGGCUUGUGAAAGCUGAGCUACGUCCAGCGUGUCUGGCUAACCAAGCAGCCUUCAACUACCGGCAAGCCUGGAGCAUUGUUCAAGAAAACUCAUCUCUUGCAUAGAUGAGCAGCUGGUACACUUUAAAUGCCAUGUGAUUUACCUCAAACAGAAUCAUUUUCUUUUUGUUUCCGUGAUUUGUUUUUACAACAGAAGAAAAUUUUAACCAGAGAUAAUAAAAAAAAAGAGUUAAAUAUGUAGACUGAUUUAAGAAAAUGCGGAAGAGUUGCAUUUUGGAGUAAUUGAACAACACUGAAUCUGCCUUGAUAUUUUGAAAGAGGAAUGAGGAUACAUUUCCUAACAUGGCAGCAGAAGCAUUUGAUUAUUCUGACUAACAGAACUUAGCAUAUUUUAUAAGUGCUAAUUUUGUUGAUGUGUAGUAUCUAAUUUAAUAUCACAACCUGCUUUAACAUUAUGGGCAUUUUAAAAGAGAAGUUGCUGAUAACUAAACUUAAGCAAUACUAAUGAUGGUACUUAAAAAUUGUUUUUUCUUUCAUGUAAGAGAUAUUAUUUACGCUUUGUUUUAUUUUCAAAAUAUUUACAUUAAAUGUUAAUGUCUUAGAGCAGCUAUUAUUUUUUCACAAGAAAUAAGGUUCACAAUAUAUAAUCACAACUGCUUUUUCUUUUUUGACGCCUGUUAAUAAAUUUAUUCAAAUUUUUUUUUACCCCAACAAGAAGCAAUCAGUAGUUACUGGAUGCAUUCGUUUCACGAGAGGUUUAGUCUUAUAAUUACAACACAAAGUGAUGCCAUUCAGUUUUGGUCAAAAUGAGACAGUGAAUGUUAAAAACAGAAUUAUUGUGUCAUUAGUAUUUAAUUUCAUAAGAGGGGAUUACUUUUAAUAGCUUUUUUUCCCCUAUCCACUUGAUAAAACUUUAAAACUUCAUUUAUUUUAUAAUGAACCAUUUAGCAAAAUUAGAAUUCUUUAACCAUAACAUUUUACAUUUCGUAAAACUUAAAUCAGUAAAAGAUUAAUUUUUUUAUUAAUAGAGAAGUCAAAAAAUAAAUUGUUAUGCUUUUAUUUGUUUUCAUUAUAAAGAAAACAAUGGAAACUAACUAAAUUGGCUGUGAUCGAAUGAUAAUUUUCUGGUUACAACAUUUGUUGUAUUUUUUGUUUCGUUUUAAUAAUGUUAUGAUAUACCUGGUAAUUAUUUUAAAAUACAUCUGUUGUAGCUGUAAAGCUUGAAUUAAUUUUCCUACUGGACUGCUUAAUAUUUUGUAAUACAACUGCUGCUGCCUCAGUAGAGCAAUACCAAAGUACAGCUUGAUCAUAUCAUUAUGUAGUGGGGUGGCCCAAAGUAGGGCUUAAUCAUAUCAUGUUGUGUGGCUCAAAGUAGGGCUUAAUCAUAUCAUUAUGUGGUGGGGUGGCCCAAAGUAGGGCUUGAUCAUAUCAUUAUGUAGGAGUGUGGUCCAUAGUAGGGCUUGAUCAUAUCAUUAUGUUGUGUGGCUCAAAGUAGGGCUUGAUCAUAUCAUUAUGUAGGAGUGUGGUCCAUAGUAGGGCUUGAUCAUAUCAUUAUGUAGGGGUGUGGCCCAAUCCUAUCAUUAUGUAGUGGUGUGGCCCAAUCAUAUCAUUAUUUAGUGGUGUGGCCCAACCAUAUCAUUAUGUAGUGGUGUGGCCCAAUCCUAUCAUUAACUUGUGGUGUGGCCCAAUCAUAUCAUUUGGAGUGGUGUGGCCCAAUCAUAUCAUUUUGUGGUGGUGUGGCCCAAUCCUAUCAUUAUCUAGUGGUGUGGCCCAAUCAUAUCAUUUGGAGUGGUGUGGCCCAAUCAUAUCAUUAUGUGGUGGUGUGGCCCAAUCAUAUCAUUUUUUGGUGGUGUGGCCCAGAAUAAAGCUUAAUCAUAGUGGCCCAAAGUAAGUUAAUCAUUGUUAUCAUUAUAUAGCGAUGUGCCCAACGUAAAGAUAAACAUAUAUGUGGUGUGUCCCAAAGUAAGCCUGAAUCAUAUUAUGUAGUGUGGCAGAUUCUUAGCCCUCUCAAAUACUGCACACAUAUAACAUUCUAGCUGACAAAAGAAAAUUACCAAGGAAAUCUUUUUUAUUGGCUGUUGUAAAUUUUAUGUUAUACAGAUUCACUUUUGUGACAGAAUUUUUGUAAAAGUGGUAAUAAUAAUAACCAUGAAGCAAAUAUAUCUUGCUUUAACAAGUACUUGAUUCCCUAUAUUCAACUUUUGAACCUGAAAUAUAUUUACUUGUUGCUGUACUUUAAGUAUAAAAUUUAUUAUUUUGAUGUUACGUAUUUUAAAAUAUUGAAUCAAAAUCAUUCCAAAAUCAACCAAAUAACAAGGAAACUCUUAGAUGUCAUUCUAUUUUUGUAAAAUUUGAGAUGUUGUGUCAUAUCUAAAAAAAAAAAAAUACCUGAAUGUUGUUUAUCAAUUUUUACUGUAAACAUUGUGAUUUUAUCUCUAGUCCCUGCAAAAAGUUUAUACAAGCAUAGAUAUAUAUUUUUUUUAAAAUGUUAAUAUUUGUAAAUGGAAAUGAUGCCUCAAGAUCGAUUUCUUUAAUUCAUAUUUUAUAACAUAAUCAAAAGUAUUUUUACAUUAUCUAUUGGUUUAUUUCAUAUAGUGAUCUAAUCAGUUUUAAGGUUCAAAUGAUGUUCUGAAAGUACAUAAUAAUUUGCCACUUAUUUUUUUGAUGGUCAAACAGCCAAACAACUUGUUUUUUUAUUGAGGCAAUGUUCAUUUUCAAUUUUUUUAGCAUAGUUCAGUACACUUGCUUUUAUUUCACCAUGUUUAAUACACACAUCAUUAAAUCCCUAUGUUUGCAUUUUACUUUAAAUACGUUAAUGUUCUUUUACAAAUAACCAAAAUAAGACUAGUCACAUAAAGCUUUUACUCUUUAAAACAGAUGUUAAUUUAUUUCUCAUAUUUUUAUUAGAAAAAAAAAAUGUUUUUCUCACUCCCUUAUACAAUCUGUUAGGAAAGGUUUCCACCUGCUUACCCUCAAGUUGACAUUCUGAUUGUAGCCAACUAACACAGACCAUGAUAAUUGCCUGGUUAAGAGCAUGACAACAAUCCUCUAACCUCAUGUUAAUGCAGGGGUAGAUAUAAAUACUUGAUGCUUAACAACAAUUUCAUGUGAAAAGUGUCUGACAACAUAGUCAUUUCACCAGGCCUUCAUUAGCAGGCAUCCUAAGUCUGGCAUACUACACAGAUUAAUGUAAAUCAGAACUAUUGCAUGCUUCAGUACUAAAAUUUUUACCUAAAAUUUAGUCAAAUUAACUUUUUUUUUUACUUACCAAUACUAUUGGUAAUUAAUUUGAGAAAAUUUUUUAAAAUAAAUCUUGCACCACAUUUAAAUAGAUGAUAAUUGUACUUGUACUUUCUUUUACCCAUAUAUAUUCCAAAAUGUUUCCACCAUAAUUAUUGUUGUUGUAUCAUUUACUACUAUGUUUUAUAAGUGCACACUUUGUAUUCAAUAUGCAAAUGUUUUCAUUUUUUAAAUGUGAUGAAAUGUUUUGCAAUUGCCUUUGCUAUGAAUUCUUUAAAGAAAAAACUUUUUAUCCUACAAAACAGGUAAUAGUUUUCUAAUUUGUAGUAAAGCUAUUACUGUAAUUGGGAUCUUUUUAAUUUCCAAUGAAAAAUAAAAUGAUUCGAGAUCUGAGAUAUUGAUACAUUUUAUGCUUAUAUAUUGUUUAGGUACCACGUGUAGAAAAUAUAAUCUAAGAACUGUGUGUUCCUCAAUACUUUUUGAAUAAAGAUUAUUUAUAAGAAUUAUUUAGCUUUAUUAAGUAUAUUAAUGCAGUGGAAAAUAUGAAAUUUAAAUAUCAAUAAAUCAAAUGCAGAUGAUCAUUUUUAUGUAUGCUUUUUUACAAAGAGAAAGUAAAACUAAUGUCAAGCAUUUCUAUACAUAAACAACAUGUAAGUAGACAAGUUCCAGAUCAUUCACUGUGAUCAGUAUUUCACCAAACUGCUUCCAUAAAUUCUACUAACAGUAAUAUAACAAAUAGCUAACAGAUACAGAA